AUGAUCGAUACCGACAACCUCCGUACAGCUUCGCUGUAUAUCAAUAACCAACUUUUGUCCAGAGGUUUACUUCGCGAUGGCCAGAGCAUCGAGUUCGCCGGUGUGGCCUUUGAUGGCCAUGAUGUCGCAGCUACAAUGGGACGCAUUGUGAGCGUUCUAAACGAUUUAAUACUGAGAAGAGAUCGUGAUGCAGAGCAUCGCGAAUCCCUAUCGACGACCAUGCGCACUCUUCGCGCCGAUAACCUCAAGCAUACAAACGACAUUGCGCGACUUACAGAGAAACACAACGAGGCAAAGAGGAAGCUCGAUAUUGCAGAAGCUUCCGAAGCCGCACUCAAAACCCAAAUGAAAUCCGCCGACGCCACCAUUCGCGGGCUGAAAGAAGAAGUCACCCGUACAAAGGGACUCGUCGCCCAAACACGCGCUGCAUGUGCGACAGACGUACGCAGAAGAGAUCGUCAAAUUGAUACCCUAAAGAAGCAGCUCAACGAAGCUGGACGCGCGCGAGGAGCUCGAGGCAACCCCGGCGUAACAACCAUUACCAUUACAGGCGAUAUCGGCGAUGAGAAGUCAACGCGAAGCGCCAGGACGUCAGAAGAUUACGAUCUACACAACGAGACGAAUGCAUUCCUGGCAAACCUGGCGCAGAAUCUUAGUGAGGAGAACGAAGCCAUUCUCAUGGUGAUGCGAAAGACGAUGCAAAAACUCCGAGAUAUGAGCGGUUGGAGUAAUGGCAACCAGGAUACCCUUGUCACCCAACAACAAGGAUGGCAAGACAUGGCUGCAGAGCUGGACUCUGUAUUAGAUCACAUGCGAACCAUCCUAACAAAUCCCUCUUUCGUGCCGAUUGAAGAGGUCAUGAUCCGAGAAGAAGAGAUUAGUCGUCUCAAGGAUGGAUGGGUCAAGAUGGAGAGUCGCUGGACAGAAGCAGUUCAUCUUAUUGACGGCUGGCGAAAACGCAUGGCUGCCAACGGGCGGCCAAUAUGUGACGAAGAGCUCCAAAUGGGACUGCGUCUUAGUCCUGUGAGGGUGAGAGACGUGGAGGAAACAAGACAUGCCUCUGGUCUAAGGCUUUCAGCAGUCGCUGAAGAGGAAGAUGAAGAUGUGCAUAUGAACUCUCCAUGCCCAUCUCGCUGCCCCCCAAGUGUGCAACUUGUUCCAGAGUCAGAGCCAGAAGACGACGAUAACGCCCAUGAAAGCGACGCUGAAUCUGAUUACGACGUACCAAUCGACGAUUAUGAUGUUGACGAGCCUAACGUGCAAAUCCUCCAACAAUCCACCGCCGCGCCCCUUUACCACCGGGAGCAAGACUCCUCACCACUCCCUGAACCCCCUCAACUAAGUCCCCUGAAGGAUUCCGCCUCUGCAGGAAACAGAGGCUCUCACCGAUCCAAGCAACCAGAAAAGAGGGACUUUACCACGAUAGCCGAAGAGGAUAACUGGGAUCUCCCUCUGGAGACAAAUCCAAUUCCUAUACAAUUCGAGCCUCGAGACCGUGUCUCGUCAAGCUCAUCCCUUGAAGAAGCUCUUCUCAGAUCUUCCAAUGCUGCCCCUGAAGCAAAGCCUACUACGCCCAGUCGACAAAGCUCCCAGCGCAGCGACCAAAACGACGUAAACCAAGGCUCGCCCAAUCGUUCACCUCGCCGGACUGCGUCUCGUCUUCCUCUCCCAAGGAACGCCGAACCCGCUCCUCAACAAAGUCCUCUCACAAUGGCAACCAUCGCCGCCAAGCUGGCUGCUUCAGAGCGAGAAGCAGAUGCUGCUCGUGUUCGAGCCAAACUCCGUGCCGCGAGAAGCACCCGCGGUGUUCAAAAACCCAAAAUCGGUUCAUCCCAGCCUGAACCCCAAACCGCUGAUCCACCAGCCAAGGAACCAGAGCUGAAAAGAAGCGACGUUGAGAAUGUAGACCCUGUAAAGAGGGACCCAGUGCCAGCUGAUGACCAGUUGAAGCCAGAGAAGCGCCGCCGUGCUCGCCGAACGAGUAAGAAAACAUCACGGCGAAGGAGUACGCUAAGUCCGUGGGAACUUGAAAGCUUGAUGAAUGGAAACGUACAGUAA